CCCAGUCGAUGUCUACACGAGUGAAUCAGUCGUUCGUUAGCAUUCGGUUUGUUAACUUGAUAAUCCGGGCCUGUUCUUCGUGUUAGAUAAUGUUUGAUUGCUCCAAUUAUUUCUAAUUUGAAAUGUCGCUUGUGCCCGCGGUCAUUUCCAGUAGACUAGGAACAGUAUAGCACUCGUGCAAUAGCAACAAGUGAAUUUUGCCACUUGGAAAUGUGCAAACUGUAAAAAUCUAAACGCUAUGUAGUUUAGAUUACCGCCUGCAUACAUAGAUAUUUCAGCUAAAAUACUAUGUUGCCUAGUCGAAUUUUGAGUUAAUCAUUGGUCUGUUACCUAGAUGAUUGAAGGUUGUUAUCGUUAGGAAAAGAUAACUCGAUAUCCAUGUUGGUGGGAAGAGGUUUAGCAGAAAUUUACAAUAGGCAACAAUAUUUUAAUUUAGUGCUUUAUUUGGUUAAUACAAAAUAUAAUAUACUAUCGAACAAUAGGCAACUUCAACAGGAAUUGCUGUUUCUAUGAUGUACAGUGUUUGUGUGUAGUUGAGUUGAAUAUGGACGUGUUGGGCACGCACACGCACACGCACAGUAGGCCUAGUAAACGAAGGUGGGUGGAGGGUGGGAGUAGACAGUGAGCGCCACUAGCAAUAUUCUAUUAGUUAUAAUAGUAGUAGUAGUAGUAAAUAGUAGCAGUGCAAAGUGCAUUGUUCAAGGUGGUUUGUGGCUGCAGCCUCCACGGGGCUGAGCCUGAGACAGUCAGUGGAGGAGGAGGAGGAGGAGGUGGUGUUGAGAGGAGGAGUGGUGUUGUGGCCUCCUCCUCUGUGUUGGCGGUCCCCUCUCACUUGUACAACUGUUGCUUGCGCUUGCCUCGUCUUGGCGGCGCCGCCUCUCAUUCUGUCCUUUUCCUUUUCGGCCGCCCCCGCCAACGCGCGCCCCAGGCGUCAGGCAGCUCAUCAGGUCGCCGCCAACUGUAGCACAACUGCCGCCCCCGGCUCUCCCCCAACCCCCCAGCACCCGGCCACCCCUCGUGUCGUCGCCGCCGCAGCCGCCCCUUCGCCUCCGCCACCCCCAGCCGCCCCUCCCACGGGGCUCAUGCCGCCUCAUGCGCCGCCCAUGGAAACAUUGUGGAGUGUGGCAGUGGUGGCGCUUCUGGUGGCUGUCGUGAUAACUACAGUGGGCGUGAUCACGUGUGUGCUCAGCCAUUACAGGACAGCAGCAACCAGCAGCAGUGGAGGAGGUCUGCCACCCCCUCCGCCCCCCCAACACCAGUCACAUCCCCCACCCCCGCCUCAUCAUCACUACCCCUUCGCAGCAACACACACAACAACAACUGUACCCGUACGUAUUUACAUUCAUCAUGCGUGCACUACUCUUAUACAUAUGUUGGCAGUGCAGAGCAGCUGUAACAUGGAGAGGGAGCUAGGGGCGCAGCGCGACCGCCAGGUGAGGCUGCACUCUGUGCACACCGACCUCGAGCUCGACCUGCCUCCAAGCAUCGCGCUGCCUGACGGCGAGGAGAUUCCCUACGGCAGCUCGACUAGGCUGCACAUCAGAGACUCCGAACAGGAGAGCGAAAUCUAUCAGAAAUGCAUACGACCGCCACCGAACCGGACGGUGUUCGACGGAGAGAGUCCGCCGCCUUACCGAUCGAGUUCGGCCGGCCUGCUGUCACUCGGCUCGACGACCGGAUCCAGUGCAUCCUCCUCCGACUGGACCACGCACAGUGUCGUCAGGUGUCACAGCAUGUCUAGCAAGUACCCACCACCUCCACACUUACCGCCUGUGAUAGUUCCAUCUCGACAAAGACUGGACUGUACAGGCAUCACGCCCAGUACUACUGCUCCUCCCCCCCUAGGACACAACCCCACCCCCCUAUCGCGUCUCACAAUGGUGCCUUGUCUGGCAGACACCCCCCACCCACACCGCCCCCACACUAACUCAAUUCUAUCAUCAUCAACAUCAUCAUCGUCGUCGUCAUCGUCAUCAAAUUGUUCUUCUUCUUCUUCACGAUCGUCCACCUAGGACUGACUGCGACUGCAAUUGAAGAAUCUCUCUCCUCUUGGCGGUAAGAUAGGGGAGCGAUACGAUAGCGACACGAUAGCGAUAUGUGUACGAUACGAUAGUGAUAUGGGUGCGAUACGAUAGUGAUAAAGGGGCGAUAGAUAAAUCGAUUUGAUAGUGAAAAGCUCUACGUGGAGCAACAAAUAGUAUAUAUUGAGUGAUAAGUGGGGAGUAGGCUAAUGCUAGCGAUAAUUGAUUAAGCGUUGUGUGAUUGGCAGGUGAUGCAUAGCAUAGCAUAGCAUAUGUGGAGUACUGCAAUAGCGAUAAGUGAAGAGGUGGAAGGGUGCAGAACACAGCGAUAAGAUAGCAAUAGUAGGAACGAUUGGAGGACGAUACAUGAUAGCAAUUAUUGUGACUGCGAUAUUUUAUGAGAAUUACAGUGCGGAGCGAUUUGAUAGUUACAACGGUUGCUAUCCACUGCUGCAAAAUGUGGAAUUUAGAGAAAAUUUAUGUAUGCAAUGUUUCAUCCAUACUGUAUUAAUUGUUAUCAUCAAUAUUAACUCGAUAUUGUUAUUCCCCCCUGUUGUAAUUCUUAUUAGACGGUUUGGUUAUUAUUUAUAGACAAUGAUUACAUGUAAGAUUAUUAUUGUUGUAUAUUUAUUAUAAUUUUGUUUUUCUCUUGUCUACCGAAAAGUAUAAUAAUUUAUUGUUUUUUUCUAAAACAAGAGAGAAUUGGAUAUUUUUCUUAGUUGAGUAUUAUUCAAUGGAAACUAUAGUGAAAUCAUUGCUGAAUGAUUUUGAUGGCCUAUUAUUGUGAUGGCUUUCUCUCACAAUAAUGAUAUAUUAUUUAUUUAUAAAGUUUGAGGUGAGUGAUGUUAGAAUAAUAUGAAAUCAGUUGAAUGAAGUAAUGUAAUGAUAUUAUAAAAUUCUUGUUACAUCUUAAUAAAACCAGAACACUACUUGAAAAACUUCACGAUGGAAUUUCAUUGCAAUAUUCAACGUCUAUCUGAUAUUAUGUUCCAAAUUAUAAAAUCAAUUGAUAAUAGAAAAUCAUCAAGAUUGAUAUUGACAAAGUCACUGGCUAGUAUGAGUUCAAAACUUCUAGACAAUAUUUAUAUGUAUGAGCCCUCAAUAAGUUAUAUAUUUUAUAUUUUUAUUGAUUAUCUUAUGAAGCCUAAUUUGUUUAUUAUUUGUAUGGGUGUAUUUAUGAUGGUAUGAAUGUAUUAGAAAGAUGAAUGAAAAUAUUGUUAGAUGAUAGCGUGUUUGAUGCUGUAAGCUCCAUUCCAGGGUAAAGUAAUGUAAUUUGAUAUUUUUUUAUUCAUUCAAUUUGCUGUUAUAAAGUUAUUAUUUUAGUUGAUUGACUUCGCAAAUGGAAAAGUAUUAAAUCUAUGAACAUUAAAAUGUAUUGAUUACUAUGCCAAAAUAACAAACUUAUUGAAUGAGGGUAUGGAGCCGGUUAUGCUGUUGAAUUAGUUAAUAAUUCCUCACUGACUUCAAGUGGCUUUAAAAUUGGAGAUUAUCUAAACAUAUCUUUCCGCAUUGAAUGUGUAAAUAACUGCGAAACAGUGAGCAAAUGCCUUGUUUACUCCGAGGAUUUAAAAUUUUAUACUAUUUUAGGGUAGCCUACUUUGUGUAAAGAAAACUGAUAUUAUUUUUUUUUCAAUUGUAUUAGAUCUCAUUAGUAAUAAGUCUAUUCUAACUACCCAUCUAAUUGAACUAUUUGGAAUAACCUUACACUUUUUUUUAAGCUGAAAAUAUAACACUUGUUAUCAUUGCUAAUUAUAGAUUUCUGAUCACCGCAAAUUUCUCUUUGAGCUCCUAAGUGACGUUUCCAUUUUGGAAAAGUAUUCUCUAAAUAAAUUACUCUAUCAGAUUUAUUUAUUGUAUUAAUUUAAAUUUCUAAUUUAUUUUCUAUGAGUUCCGCAAAGGUUUCACUAUAGUUGAUCAAUAUCAAGAUGUGAAAACGUUCUGUAAAACUCACAUUUUAAUAUAAUUCAAUAAAAAAGCUUUGUACAAUUUUAAAGUUCUCGAAUAAUCAUGUUAUUGUAUUAUUUAUUAUCGGAAACUAGAAUUCCACUGCAAUACUUCUUAUCUUGAAAAUAAAAUCAUAAUAUUUUUCCACCUUUGUCAAUGUUAUGUGAUAUUAUUUUCAUCAGUCAAGAAACUUCCAAAUUCCAUACGAAUUUUGAAGAAAGAACAAUUUUAUUGUAGAAUUUCCUCUCAGACUUAUACAACAUUUCAAGAUUUUUUCUACCAAUUUUCAUCUACUCAAUUUGAUUCAAUGCUUUACAUUGUGAUAUGUUCUGCAUCCAUUUUAGUGCUGGAAUAAUUUAUUACAUUAAUGCAGACUUGAUUAAUUUAGCUAAUUGAAAGCUUCAAACUUUAAUUUAUUACUGUCCCACUUGGAAUAUUUAUAAUAAUAGAUAAUUCCUUAAAUACUUGAAACAAUAUUGGUGGUUGUCAUCAGAUGAAAUUAUUGUUUUCUCUCGGAAAGUAAUCUUUUUCCAAUCUUUUUUAUUAAAAGCACUAUUAAGAAGUAAUAAAUCAGUUUCUCUGUCAUAUUUUUUCCAUUUAGGCAUAGAAGUUGACGCCAUCUAGUCAAAAUGACUCUUUUAAGAAUUUUUUAUCAUGUCCUUAAUAGUCCAUAAUUAGAAAUAAUUCUUUGACGUCUUUGAUUUCAAUUAAUUGUAUUCAGAAGUCAACUUAAUUAUGUGAAAAUUGAAUCUACUCCACCCAAAGUAUUUGAAAGUUUAUUCAAGUUAUUUUUCCUCGACUUUAGAAUCUUCCAAAUGCUUAAUAUUGUAAAUCUCGAUGGGUUUCCUUAUCCAGCAAGCCUGAAACUCAUGCCUUAUAUAAUGAAUCAGUGGUGAAUUUGUUAUAAACUACUAGGCUCGUUAGCUACCGUAAUAAUCUUUUCAAGUUCAAUAUUGUGUUAUGCAUAAUCGAACUGUUAAUCGACGAAUAAAUUUUAGACCGGAAUAAUGAAUAGUAUAUCAAAAAUAGUUUAUUUUUGUCAUUAAGCGAACAGUUAUUGGAAAUAUAUCAAUAAAUAAAUACCUAAUAAGUUAAUAAUUUACAUAAAUGAAUAAUAUUGUACAUUCAUCUCGAACGUUUAUGUAGUAUUUAAGCGAAACCAUUUAUUUGUUAUGUACAUUGAUCUAAAUCAAUUAUGUUCAGUUGUAUGAAAUACGUUGUAAAUACAUAUAUGUAUGUGAAUAUUAUAGCAAUGACUUAUUUUUGUUUUUA